AUGACCAGACAUCAACCAAAGCCGGUCGAUUUCAUCAGCCUGCUCAGUAGCGAGGAUGAAGCCCCCUUGACCAGAAAGAGAAAGUAUUCGGAGGAAGAAGCGGCCAGUGUUGGUGGAAAGACGGCUACUAAACGACGAGUCAAGCGUGCUCGGGCAAGCUCUGCCUCUGGGGAUAGCGUCACCAGGGCAAAAUCAUUCAAGGAGGGAAAACUCGAGGAGGAUGAGGGCUCUGAUACUGGAGUGCCUGGUUUUGCUCGGCAUGGCGAGAAGAAGAAGGUCGAAAAGUUUACGGCAAACACUGUCUUCAUGCCCAAGUCGCCCCCGAUCUUCACCAUUCACCCGAUAUCUCUUCAUCUCCCUGUGUUUGCCCCCCAGAGGGAGGGGACAUGGCUCACCAGAUUCACCGAGUGGGCUCAGCUACUUUGCACUGCCAACACCAACUCGCCCGGUGCUGCCGAGAUCACGCCUGCGUUGAUCCGCGCUGCCUACAAGCAAUACAUUGACAUCCACAGCAGGCUCAAGUCCAAUAAGAAGCGGGCUGCCCGGCUGGUGGCCCAACAAUUCAAGGAUUCGUCUCUGCUUGACAUAAUAAGGGCCUUCCGGCCACUCCAGAACGAGGCUGCGAAGCUCACAGAUGCCGCGGAAGAAGCUUUGGAAGAAGCUUUGGAGGAAACUUUGGCCGACUCCACGACACGAUUUGACGCUCCUCAGCCGCCGGCGCUGCCACCUCAAACCCAAAUCCUCUCUGCUGCUGCGGCCCCUCCCAGCCUACUUACAGAGCAGUCCGGCGCGCUCUAUAUAAUAGACGUGAGUCCCCAGCUUCCGCAGACCGCAACCACGCACGAAACAAUACCAGUACCACAGCCAGAAUUGCUGCCGGCAUUAUCAAGGAAGCCUCUUCGACAAACUCAACAUUCCUCUCUCAAAAUCACCAUGUCGUCCCAAUCUGCUAUCCCCUCCGGCGCCGAAGCCCUCGAGCAGCAGCGCCGGUAUUUCCCUUCAGCCACGGACCCGUCCAACAUGUGCCUGCUCUGUGGACAAGAGGGCCAUAUCGCCGGUAAAUGCACACGGUCGUGCCGAUUCUGCGGAGAAAAAGGCCACUGGGACUACAACUGCCCAUCGUGGUCUGUUAGAUGCGCCGACUGCUGGAGGAGCGGCCACACGCAGGAAAAUUGCCGGUACCCCAACGAACCUUUCUGGUUGGUAUGCGGCUACUGCAGAGCACCCGAAGACCACGAGAGAUGGCAGUGCAUGACGCUUUUCAGGUCGUUCCGUCCCGGCCCAGACACUAUCAAGAAGGUCAAUGCACUACCCGUGUCAUGCGCCGCAUGUGGGAGUGAGAAGCAUUUUCACGGGGACUGUCGUAAAGACGGAGCGCCCAACUUGCCUUACCAUUCCAAGUUCCAUCUGGACAAUAUGCGUCAGUACCUGGACCCGACGAGCAGCUCCGGUCCCAUCAUCGGCACGGAUGCAUGCCGACCGGCUACCAAGGUAGGGGGGUUCAGGAUCUCCAGCCGAGCCUUGGCCUCGCCUGUCGACAACGUGCAAUACUACUCGGGCAGCGAUGAUUCCGAUGAUGGGCUAGCAAUCAAGAAGAAGAUGUGCAAGGUGGCCAACAUGUACAGAGUGGUCAAGGCGAGCAAAACGGUCAAGGCGGUCGGCGCGGCCGAGGCAAAUGGGGUAAGCGAGGUGACCAAACUGGCCAAGUUGGACAGGGACAUCAAGGAGGUCCAGCUGUACACAAUGUGCAAGGUGAUCAAGGAGGCCAAAAUGGCCCAGGUGAACAACAGAACGGCCAUGAAAAAGGAGGUAACAGGCAGCGGCGACGACGUGGCCAAAACAGUCAAGAUGGACACCAAGGAGGCCUAA